AUGGGGUCGGCAUAUAAUCCCGAUGGCGAUCCAAGUCCUUUAUCGUCUCCGUUGGGUCCUCUCUCCGAGUCGCCAGAAUCGGAGUCGGGGUUUCAGAGACUUUCCCUCCAAACGACCGACCAUACCUUAAGGAGCUCGGUGUCGUCGGGAUAUGACCCUCUUUCAAGUAGAUCUCCAUUAUUCGAGAGCGAACAUGGACUUGGUCCGACCGGGCUGGACCGUAUACGCCAGCAACCUUCCCGGGUUUUGACCCUACCGAACCUGUCGACAUCUUCUUUAACGCCUUUGAACGUUCCCCGACCACCCCCGUCGAUGCGCUCUAGUUCAUCAUCGAGAGCUCAUACUGGUCGCAUGUCGACGAGCCAGGAGCUUGGAGACCUGGAGGAUCUGCACCGAUUCCCAUUAGAAUCAUUACAUUCAUUUUCAUUCGCUCAGCAAUCGGAGGAGUUGCUGCAAAGUCGGCAAAACAUUCUCAAACGCUCAAUGGACUUUAUGAGGGACCGUAUGGGAUGGGCUGCCAGUAGCGCUGCGAUCGCCAAUGCCCAGGCCAACAUGAGCGGCGACUCGGACCUCCAAAGUAUGAUGGAUCUCUUGACCCGGGCCCAUGUUCUUGACGAAGAAACUCCCAAUCACGGACGAGGCCCCAUCACCGGACCUGCGGAAGUGAAUGGCGACAAUAUCUUCGAGCGGGCCUUCUCGGACCACAGCUCAUCACCCCUCAGUGCUCGAAACUCAAGUCUGGAACCUUUUCCAGAAUCACAGGCAACAUCCGACAGCAGCUCCCAAAUGUUGAGUCCCGUCACCUCUAAUGACCGUAUACCGGCGUCCAGGACGGACCUGAAAUCGGCACCGGCGUCCAGGCGCGUAAGCUUAAAACGUACAUACACGGACCUCAACUCUGCCACCCUCAAAAGCAAGCUGAUGGAUACUCUAGCGCAACCUUAUUCUUCCACGGAUCCAUUUGCGUCUCUGGCCUCCUCCGCCACUGGAUUAGGAUUCCCGAUUCCGGCCCUCCAUACCCAUAGCAGCAAAUGGAGCCCAGUUUCUCAGGCCGUGUUCCGUACCGAAGCCCAAGCACCAUGGACUAUUUUUGCAGCUAAUGAUCUCUCCUGUCUUGUAUUCGGGGUCACACAGUCCGAGGUCCGUCGUCUCAGUAUCUUAGAGGUCGUACAGCGGGAGCACAGGCAGUGGCUCGAGGCCAAACUUCGAGAUCCCAGCACUGAUGCCGCGGCUCGUACUCCACUUCAGCCAGAAAGGCCCAAUAUUCGAGCGGUAAACCCUAAGUUUCGAGGCCUAGGGAAUGGCGUCACUGCGCAGCUACUCAAUAAACCGUCAUCGCGCGAGAAGUCUCGCAGAGCGCAGACUGACGAUGGAUAUGGUUCGAGCACGCGCAAUCCUCGCAAUGCCAAUCACCCGGGCAACAAAUCCCGAGGCGUUUUGCUUUGUGGUGACGUCGUUCCCAUCCAAAAGCGCAAUGGCACUAAAGGAUCGGCUAGCGUAUGGGUUAUGGAGAAGCGUGGUGGCUUGAUAUGGGUGCUGGAGGAAAUCACGGAAAAUGCUGCCUCUGUCAAAUGCGAUGAGAAUUGGCAAGUCAUAAGUGUCAACGGGGAUGUGGACAAGAUCUGGGGUCCAUCCGUAGUUCGCAAUGGUCAGUCGAUUACUGAACUAUUACCUCGUCUACCAUCCGAGUCUCUCGCAAACUCCCCAGAGAAGGGAAUGGCCCGGAUCGUGGAGUUGAAGCAUUUCGCUGCAAAUACAGCGGCAGGUGUGUGUAUUCCAGUGACCGUGGGCAAGGCGAAUGAUGCCCGCACUUUGCAGGUGUCAAGUUUUCCCCAUGUUGCAGGCAUGAUGGUGCUUUCUUCUUCAUCACUUAAUGUGAUCAGUUCGAAUUCAGUAUUUUCAUCUGCUCUUUUUGGCCAAGACCGUCCCGAAGGGCGCCAUAUCACGGAGCUGAUACCCGGGUUUGAUGAGAUUCUGGAUGUGUUAACCGAGGAGGACAACGUGCCAUUGGUCGAUGGUAUUGUGAUCCCUGAGCACAGUUUCCGCCGAGCGAGAACCCUGUCCAUCCUUCGAGACGGGAAAGCCAAUGCUGCAUCUGUCUUCACUGAGCCUAGUGGACUGUUGGCUAAGCAUCGGGAUGGCUCCACUAUCGUUGUGGAUGUUCAACUGCGUGUGGUGAAAAGUGGAACAUUUUUCUCCAGAGAACAGGCAGAGAGGCUUGUCGAAGAGAAAUCUAGUGAUUCUGAGGAUAGCGAUGACACUAUUGCGGUGACAGAAUUGGUAUACGCAUUAUGGGUGACCUAUUCGAGACAGAUUCACGCCGCUGGCCCUGCAGCCGGUCUCUCAUCCUCUUCACUACCGACCUCAAAACCUACCUCACCUGGUUCUUCAAACACCGCCACAUCUGACGGCCACCCCACCUCCACCUCCAACUCACAGACCCCUGACACCAAUCAAAUUUCUGUGGAAGUCCAAACGCCGAGCUCCACCCUCAGCCAACAACUCAGCGAAGCUGCAUCUGAGCCACUGACGGAUCGGCCCGUCCAGGCCGUCCCCGAAAUGUCUUCGGCCCGUCUCAAGAAGGCUCCUAAUGAUCAGAAGACGGUCCUCAAGUUCGUCACCAAGAAGCGAAUUCUGGUUGAUACAUGGACUCGUGAUCGACGUCUGGGCACGGUGCCGUUGGAGAUUCAUGUCCUUGACUUUCUUCGCCGUGAUGGCUACCGGCACCCAAACAUCGUGGAAAUGUCGGGCUUUUUCGAAGAUGAUGUCAACUAUUACAUCGAGAUGAUCCCACAUGGUCUGCCAGGCAUGGAUUUGUUUGAUUACAUUGAGUUGAAGGCCAACAUGGAAGAGUCCGAAUGUCGCAGUAUUUUCAAGCAGGUUGUGAGCGCCAUCCAUCAUUUGCACACGAGAGCCUUGGUUGUGCAUCGCGACAUCAAGGACGAAAAUGUCAUUCUUGACGGAGAAGGGAGGAUCAAGUUGAUUGAUUUUGGCAGUGCAGCCUAUAUAAAAAACGGUCCGUUUGAUGUGUUUGUGGGGACCAUUGAUUAUGCUGCUCCUGAAGUUCUUCAAGGCAAAUCAUACCGUGGCAAGGAGCAAGAUAUCUGGGCACUCGGCAUCCUUCUCUACACGAUCGUCUACAAGGAGAAUCCAUUCUACAAUGUCGACGAGAUUCUCGACCACCCUCUCCGAAUUCCGUUCCUGCCCUUUUCUGAGGAAUGCAUCGAUCUGAUCCGCAAGAUGCUUGACCGUGACGUUGAUAACCGCUUGACCAUUACCGAGGUGCUCGAGCACCAAUGGAUGAUGACUGGGGAGUAA